CUUGACUAGUGCGGUGGAGCUGCACUGUCGAUCACUCGGGAAGAACAUCUGGUCUUUGAUAUUUACUUUUUUUUAUUCCAUUUUACUUUUAUUUCCUUUUGUAAUUCCAUUUCCGGUGGAGCCGCAUUAAACGACUCCAACAAUCGCAUCACCUCACGAGCUGGUCUCAUUGUUUCUCUCGCACUCUCUUGCAACUCACCAGCAUCAUGACCUCCCCAUUCCCUGCCAUUGACGUCCCCUCCGUCGACGUCUGGAGCUUUCUCUUCGAGCGUCCCGACCGCCCUUAUCCCGAGCAAAAGGCGCUCUUCACCGACGCCGACUCCGGUCGCUCCCUCAGCUAUGCCCAAAUCCGCCAGAAGGCCUUGACGUUCGGCCAUUCCCUGCGUCGCAAAUGGAACUGGCAGAACGGCGACGUGCUGGCGACCUUUGCGCCUAACUCCAUCGACCUGCCUCCGUUGAUCUGGGGUACGCUGGCCAUCGGCGGCGUCGUCUGCCCGAUCAACCCCAGCUACCGCGCCGAAGAACUGCUGCACCCGCUGAAAGAUGCGAAGGCUAAGGCCCUGGUGACGCAGCGCGCGCAGUACCCCGUGGCCAUCGAAGCCGCCCAGAAGGCCGGUCUGCCGGCCGACCGCGUGCUGAUCCUCGACGAGCUGCCGCGCGAUAUGGUCGAGGGCGGCGUCACGUACGGACCGCACAAGGCCCCCGUGGCGCGACCCGACACCGACCUGGCCUUCUUGGUCUACUCGUCCGGCACGACGGGUCUGCCCAAGGGCGUGAUGCUGUCGCAUCGCAACAUGGUCGCCAACCUGCUGCAGUCGGCGUCCGUCGACCAGGGCGUUCUGUCGUGGAACCGGGGCGUCAGCGGCGAGGGCGAUCGCGCGCUGGCCCUGCUCCCGUUCUUCCACAUCUACGGCCUCACCUACCUCCUCAACCACACCAUCUACCUCGGCCUGCACACCUUCGUCAUGCCGCGCUUCCAAUUCGACUCCUUCUGCCGCACCGUGCAGGACCAGCGCAUCACCUACGCCUACGUCGUGCCCCCCGUCAUCCUGGAACUCGUGUCCAACCCGCGCGUGUCGCAGUACAAUCUGCGCUCUCUGCGCAUGAUGCUGUCUGCUGCGGCUCCUCUGGCUACCGAACUCAUCCACGCCCUGCGCGAGAAACUCGAUCUGUCUGUCCGCCAGGCCUACGGUAUGAGCGAGUGCGCUCCGUGCACGCACAUGCAGACCUGGUCCGAAGCGCGCUCCCACCCCGGCUCCGUCGGCCGCCUCCUCCCCAACAUGACAGCCAAAUACGUCCCCGUCGAAGGCGAGACCGGCCGGUCCGCCGAGCUGUGGGUCAAAGGACCGAACGUGUUCCUGGGGUAUCUGAACAAUCCCAAGGCAGACGCGGAGUCGUUCUCCCCCGACGGAUACUACAAGACCGGCGACGUGGGGUACGAAGACGACGCCGGGCACUUCUUCAUCACCGACCGCGUCAAGGAGCUCAUCAAGUAUAACGGGUUCCAGGUGGCGCCGGCGGAGUUGGAGGCGAUUGCGCUGGGGCAUCCGGGGGUGGCGGAUGUGGCGGUGACGGGGAUUAAGAGCGGGCAGAGCGGGACAGAGUUGCCGAGGGCGUAUGUGGUUCCGGCGAAGGGGUAUGUGGCCGGGAAGGCGUUGGCGGAUGAGGUGGUCAACUUUGUGGCGGAGAAGGUGAUCAGUUAUAAGAAGUUGAGAGGGGGGGUGCAUUUUGUGGAUGUGAUUCCGAGGAACCCGUCGGGGAAGAUUCUGCGGAGGGAGUUUAAGAAGUUGGAUCGGCAGGCGAAGUUGUAG